AGCGCACUCCAGCUUGGCACAGGCACCGGGUCUGGGAGAGAGGAGGCAGGAGCGCGUUGUGCACGGCGGCAGCAUGGCUUCGUCUCACGGGAGGUGCGACCAGCGGUUCGCAGACUGGAUGUCAAGUUUACCGCAGAGCAUGCACACGAUCCCGCUCACCAACCUGGCGAUUCCCGGCUCCCACGAUUCCUUCAGUUUCUACAUCGACGAGUCAUCCCCGGUGGGCCCUGAGCAGCCGGAGACGGUGCAGAACUUCGUCUCAGUUUUUGGCACGGUGGCCAAGAAGCUCAUGAGGAAGUGGUUAGCUACGCAGACGAUGAACUUCACCAGCCAACUGGAGGCCGGGAUCCGCUUCUUUGAUCUACGCAUCUCCACCAAGCCCCGCGACCCCGAGAAUGAGCUGUUCUUCGCCCACGGGCUCUUCAGCGCCACGGUCAGAGAAGGUCUCAAGCAGAUCAGCGGUUUCCUGUCCACUCACUCCAGAGAGGUUGUGUUCCUGGACUUUAACCACUUCUAUGGCGUGCAGAACAUGCACCAUGAAAAACUGGUGACCAUGUUGAAGGAGGUGUUCGGAGACAAGCUCUGCCCGGUCGUUUUCGCUCAGGAGGUGAGUCUGCAGUAUCUGUGGGAGAAGGAUUAUCAGGUCCUGGUCUUCUAUCACCAUCCCAUGGCCCUGGAGGUGCCCUUCCUGUGGCCGGGCCAGAUGAUGCCCUCUCCCUGGGCCAACACCACGGACCCAGAGAAGCUGGUUCAGUUCCUCCAGGCUUCUGUCACUGACCGCAGGAGGAAGGGGUCGUUCUUCGUCUCCCAGGUGGUUCUGACACCGAAGGCGAGCACCGUGAUGAAGGGUAUGGCGAGCGGGCUGAGGGAGACGAUCACAGAAAGGGCCUUGCCGGGCAUGAUGCAGUGGAUCCGAUCGCAGCGACCCGGCGAGAGCGGCAUCAACAUUAUCACGGCUGACUUUGUGGAGCUCGGGGAGUUCAUCAGUGCCGUCAUCACCCUCAACUAUCACCUGGACGAGGAGGACGACGACUAUGCCACCUGAGAGCCUGCAGGGGGGCGGCGUCAGUGGCUGGGUCUGCGCUCUCUUUUCUCUUUGGCAUUUAUUCCAGGAGGGGGGCUUCGCUGCUCCUUUCUCUUUAUUUAGGGCUAUGGUGAAUUGAGAGAGAAAGGCGGGAAAGACGAGACGGGUUUAGUAGAAGCAGCGCCUGGUGUUUGCUUUGGGCACCGGGAGGGAAUGAGAGUCGGCUCGGUUCCGGUUCUGAGGGACCCGUUUCUUUCGAGUGAGAUUUGAAUUUUCUUGUUUUUCUUCUCGUGCUGUAAAAAGAAAACUGCCUUCUCCAGGCUGUUUCUGUUUCUAGGCUCACCGCUUCAUCAAGCGUAUCAACUUUCUGCUAAAUGUCUUGGUUCAUCAUUCUCGAUAUUCUUGUGACAGUGAGAUUCUUCUACGGUUUUAAACGAGUCUGUGAAACUUAAACCACUCAAAUUGUACGUUGGUGUAAGUAGGUAGAAAUUGUCUGUCUUCUUUUUUUCAAUAAUUUAAAUCACCGUUUAAGAGAAAUUAACCAUUUUACAUUUCUUUCUGGAGCAUCCAUCUCUCAUUGUGUUUUCUUCCAUUAAUAGUCUCACAUGAAGACACCUUGCAGAGUAGAAACCUGCGCACACCGGUUAACCCCGUUCACCUCCUGACUCCAAACCAGUGCAGCUCCACUUGCUACGAUAAAAGUAACGUUAAGUGAUGUAAAGUGAAACUUGUGUGCAUCUCGAUGAAACAAUCAUUUUCACCUUCUCAGUGUUGCUUCAAGUUCAAGAGAAUCUGCUGAAAACACAUUCGUGGAGGGACAGCUGGGGAUGCGUUCGAUGUCAUUUUCGGUAAAACGUUAUCAGGGUUGUUCACCUGCAGAGAGUAUUUGUAACGUCUCAGCGGUUUAUUGAGGUUGAUCGAUUCAGCAGAGUGGCUCACCCUCUCUGUCUCUAAAUGUUUCUGUUUUUUCCUACAAUAUAAAUCUCUGUUCCCACAGGCCUCAGAGUACUAGAAAUACAAAUCUAACUGCAGUGAUGCAUUCAAUUUCCUUAUCUUAUCCACUUUAUCCAGAGGGUCCACCUGCAGUAUUUAGGAGUAUUUAAGAUUCCAAUAGGUUAUGUGUUUAGAUUUAUGGAUUAAACCCAUUGGCUAACUAAAACCAUGGUUGAAUAUAUAUGUAUAUACGUUGCUGAACAUUAAACUCUCUGUUGACGCACGAUGCAAACAAAGUGCAGCUGUCAAACUGCUAGCGAGACGAACGUAUUGGAUUUAGUCGUGGGUGCUGAGUCGUGAUAGCCGAGUACAAAAAUACUGUACGAGAGCGAAUCCACUGUCUAUGAGUCCUCUGCAGGAAUCUUUGCCCCCCUGUGCUGCAUGUGUGUCUCUCUCCUCGCUGCUGUCGUGCUUUUACCGUGUGAGUCAGAAGCAGGUGAUUGAGUUGCUUCACGCUCCCCCAGCGAGCCAUUACUUCAAGUCAGAAGAGCUCGAACACCACAAUUCAGAGGCAGCAGAUCUCCAUGUGACGCAAGUAGUUUGACACUUGACAGUAAAUGUUUAGUUGAGGUGUAGCUGUAGCUCUUUGGUGUCCACUUUCAAUUAGGUGUUUCAUGUUUAUGAAUGUUUCUGGAUUUCUGGUGCAAUACAUUUAGUGCACUCCCAUUUUUUUGUUUUUUAUAUGUUAAUGGCAUUUCCCUCCUUAUCCUGCAAUAUCUUCUUAAGGACGAAAGAGUACGUGGAAAUGACGGAGAAAAGACAAGGGUGAUAUUUUUUAAACUUUAUGCAUGAAAUAAAAAAAUGUGCAUAGCAGUCACACAUCCAUACACCCUAUAAAUUGGCUGUGGCGUUUUCUGCAGAGAAUGUAUUCUGUCAGGGCAGUUCGGUUUGUCUAGUUUGGUCACGUUAAAACCAAAAACAGGAAACUCAACUGUUUGGAUUUGUGAAUGUAUGCGUCUCGUGAGUAACUGUGCCAUUUCUAUUUCCGGUCAUGUGAUUCGAGCAACUGGGUCUCAGCCGGAACGUCAUGUUUGUAUCAUAUGCUUAAGUGUAAAGAUUCCAAUUCAAACAGUACUUCAGUGUGGUUUCAUGUAAAAUGUUUUAUAUCGUGGGAAGUUUGUACAUACUGUAAUUGCAAAUAGUAUACUGCCGAUAAAAUUGUAAAUGAUACAAAUUUAUUGUGAAGAGUCAUCAACAACGAUUUCUUAACAUCUAGCUAGGCCAAGCUUUCAUACUGCUUCUUGUUUUCAUAUGUAUUUGGUACUUCACAGUUUUUGUGCAUGAUCAACAACUUUCUUCACGCACCUUACGAGGGCUCAUGAGGUUUGUGCAUUAACUUCUGUUGUUUUUAUGCACUUUGUGUCUUAGAGCAGCUGGAAAUGUGUUUACCCUUUAAAACAAACCUCCAAAUGAAUAUAUUUUUUAAAUGUCGCUCCGCUGCCCAACACAGAUUGAGAGAGUGAACGGAAACGGAAAGAGGCUUGCAAAAUCGUGUUGUGAGGAUAAUUUGUGUCUUCCCUGGUCUACACUGUUGUUGUUGCCUUUAUGUUCUGGUGUGAAACGAGUCCCUUUGCUGUUGUGAAACUCAAAAACCUUGGUUCCAAUCAAAGUGACUCUGUACUAAGUGGAAAAUGGCCGAUCAAAUAAAGCUUCUAUGCUAAUGACUGA